AAUAUACAUAUACAGACACAUGACAGAAAUGUCAAAUGUAGGCUAGUUUUGCAGCAAGCCAGCAACUUUCAGCUUCAUUUUGUUGACCAAGUUCGUCAGUUCAGAUUCAGAACAUCAUACAAAAAAGAAAUUUAGAUAUUGAAAGUUCUGGUUUUACUGGAACUAUUCUUGUUUUCCGGUGACUGCUGAUCUCUGGCGACAUGAGUGAGGUAGCCAAUUCCGAGAAUUUAAACACGAAAAAUGGGAAUUUUAUAUGUGGAGUUGUGGAAGGCUUUUAUGGUCGACCAUGGACUACAGAGCAAAGGAAGGAUUUAUUCCAAAAAAUGAAAAAAUGGGGUAUGGAUUCAUAUGUCUAUGCACCCAAAGAUGAUUACAAACACAGAGCUUACUGGAGAGAGCAAUACACAGUAGAAGAGGCAGAACAUUUGACUGGACUUAUCCAAGCUGCAAAGGAUCAUAACAUCACCUUCUAUUAUGCCUUGUCUCCAGGACUGGACAUCACUUACAGUAGUGCUAAAGAAAUUGCCACUUUAAAAAGAAAAUUGGAACAAGUUGCUCAGUUCGGUUGCACUGCCUUUGCUUUAUUGUUUGAUGAUAUUGAGCCUGAAAUGUCUGAAGCUGACAAGGAGGUUUUUCAGUCAUUUGCACAUGCACAGGUUUCUGUUACAAAUGAAUGCUAUCAACAUUUAGGACAACCUAGAUUUUUAUUAUGCCCAACUCAGUAUUGUUCUACUAGGGCUGUUCCAAAUGUGACAAACUCUGAGUAUUUGAAUACACUAGGUUCUAAGUUGACUCCAGAGAUUGAUAUUAUGUGGACAGGUCAGAAGGUGAUAUCAAGGAUCUUAUCGAAAGAAAAUAUCCAGGAGAUCACAGAAGUUCUUCGUAGGCCUCCAGUUAUCUGGGAUAAUCUUCAUGCCAAUGAUUAUGACCAAAAAAGAGUGUUCUUAGGCCCUUAUUCAGGCAGAUCCCCAGAUCUUAUACCAAAAUUAAGGGGUGUUUUGACUAAUCCAAACUGUGAAUAUGGGGCCAAUUUUAUUGCUAUCCAUACUUUAGCUCAGUGGUCAAGAUGCAAUGUUGAUGCUCAAAGAGAUCCAACCAUGAAUGAUCCUGUAUCUGCUGACAUCAAGCUAGAAACUGAGACUGAAGAUGGUCUAUCUGGUGAGGAUGUUCCAACUAGUCUAACACCGAAUAUGUACCACCCAAAACAUGCCUUAAGAAAUGCCAUUAAUGACUGGCUUCAAGAGUUCAGCAAACAUAAGUCUGCCUGGGGUCCCAUUGCUAAGCCUCAACCUGCGGUAGCAGUUGUGCCUGUGCCCAUCAUACCAUCUAUAAAUACCUGCAUGAGCCUGACAGCUACAACAAAUACAUCGUCAACUGGAAACACCACAACCACUGUAGUGAACUCCAACCAGUUGCAAGCGCUAGCAGAAGUCUGCAGUACAGUAAGCACGGAAACUGUGACAUGUACUGACAGUUUAGCGAAUCCUGUUCCUGGCCCUGUGAUGAAUUCUCUAGUAUCAGAAACAAAAGUUGUUUGCAAUGAUUCCAUACCAAAUCCCAUAGCUCCGGUUCCCAUACCCGUUACGAUACACGCGCCAGAGACGAAAACCGUAACGAUUUUGAGUGGCACCAUUGUUAAAGAAAAGUUGAUGGGAAAUAGAAAUAAUAGCUCAAAAAAUAAUGGCGAUAUGAAAGAUGGGAAAGAACAAGGUACUGAAAUGCACUGCCAAACGGGGAAUACAGAGCAAACGUUGAGCACCGAAUCUAGUUUGAGCCCUUCUGAACCAAUGGACUGUAACAGUACUCCGAACAUAUCUCCUGCUCAUGUUAAAUGUACUAAUGGAUCUAGCGAGGACGUUGCCAUGAGCGAAAAUUCGACCUCUAGUGGUAGUAUGCUAGCAGAGUCGAAUCAGAUGGUGAUAGAAAAUAAUGACAAUGAUGAAACUGGAAGCGGUGAUAAGAGAGGAUGUGAAUUGACAUAUGAAGAUGUAGCCUUACUGUGUGAUCUGUUUUACCUACCUUUUGAACACGGUGGGCAAGCACUGCAGUUGCUCCAAGAGUUCAACUGGUUAAAAUCGAAUGCUCACUUAGUUAUAGCUACCAAUCAGAAGAAAGACAAGAGUAGCCCAGAGGUGCAGGAAUGGUUUUCACGAGCCGAGAAAAUGAACGAAAUGACUGAAAGUGUCAACAAACUUUUCAGCCACAUGUCAAGCUGUAAUAACCGAGAAUUAUUAUAUGAUCUUUAUUCAUAUGUAUGGGAUAUCAGAGGAGUUAUAUCGCUUUUGAACUCUUACAUUAAAUGGCUGGCUGGUGGUCAGUUUCCCCCGUCUAUGCCGUCGUACACCCAGGGAACCUAUACAUGGUUUUCCAAAGGAUGGAAGGAGACUUUCAUGAGUGGAGACCAGGAACCGUGGGUAUUCAGAGGAGGGCUUACAGCCGAUUUGCAGGUGAGCUGCCGUACGGUGUUUGACAAUAAAAUCUCCGAAAAGAAACCCUCUAUGCCAAGAUUAAUUGAAUAUAUUACCAAUCAAAAUUUCCAUAUUCAAUAAUUCAGUAAAUUGCGGACAAAAUGCUGAAUUCUGGACUUGCUAGACUGACUCAUCAAGCUUCUCGGUCCAAGUUGACUGUUCUUUAUAUAUCAAGAAUUAGCCGAAACCAGGGACACAGAAGUCUCUAGAGCGAAAAAUUUUGGUAAUAACUUUUUAUAAUUACAAUUUUCGUUCUAAUCCGCUAUCAUUACCUAAGAUCUCGGAAGUUUCAUUGUCAAAUUUCGUAUACGAAGCUCUUAUUCUAUUCACAUAUUUUGAGGUGUAGGGUCGAUAUAACUUUUCGUUGGGCCAUAACUAGUUUCUAAAUUCCUUCACCCAUUUCAGCGUUUGAUACCAGUGGAUUCUGGCAACGAUCUUUUUGUAUACAAAGUGCCAGAUAUUCCGACAAACAGUGUGUUUACGAUACGACCGUACUUGUCUACUGACGAGAAAGCAGUUUAUGAAGUUUGUACCAAGACGAGCAAAGACGGACUGGAGGAUCCAACGCCGUAUCCUGAUGGACUGAAGGAUCUGCAGGCAGACAGGAUAGUUGGACCAUAUCUGACGCUCCACCCAGAAUUCUGCUUUGUGGUAGAAGACGAAAACAACAUAGUCGGUUACGCAUGCGCGUCGCCAGACUACCAGAAGUUCCGCGCGAAGCAAGAGAUCGCGUGGAUACCGGAGAUGUGCGAGAAAUACCCGGCGGACUGCGCCAAAGACCUGCCUAAGUCAGCUCAAGAGGCCGUCGAACAUUUCCACAAUUUCAAAGGUGAAGUCUACGUUAGCAGUCCCUCGCACCCGUCGUCAAUGGUUUGUAGCUUGUUAUCCUCCAUCCUGGAUCAGUCUGUUAGCAAGAGGCUUGUCACGUGUCUAUUAGCGGCUUUGAGGGCCAAUGGUUCGUUUGGAGUGCAUGUUAUAAUGGACGCCAACGAUAACUACACACACGCCUUCUAUGGAAAAUUAGGAUUUAUAGAAAAUACCCAUGAAGCGAUAAAAGGGAAGAUUGUGAUGGGUCGUACUUUUUAGGUAUUGCGGUAUAGAUUGAAAUACCGCUGGAUCAAGUUUUUCUGUAUUAUCACAAAUGAUUUUUUUUGGAAAAUUGAAUGUGGAAUCAAUCAAACUGGUUUUGUUGAAGGAAAGAAUAAAUUGUCCAGAAACAUCAGUUCUAAGAUCACCAUUAGCAUCAUUCAAAUGACUGAUUACUUUAAAAACAAACAUUAUUGUUGAGCUUUUUUAAUUUCUUUAUAUCUUGUACGAAAAACUUAUGUAUAAGACGAAAAAGUAUUUGUGAUUUUUAUAUUAUCAUUCUAUUUAGCUUAACGCUUGAUACUGACGUUUUUAUUUUAUUUUAUUUAGUUUGAUAUUGUACAAUAUUAUAAACACAAUAAAAUAUUUUAUGUUUGUGAAGA